AUGGACCACAAUCAGCAGUUCACGCAGGAGCCAGAGUACACGUACUUCGCCGGUAUUGACGUGGCCGAGGACCCUAACUUGUACAGGCUAGGCGGAUUCCACCCAGUGCUCUUAGGCGACGUGCUUGACGACCGCUUCCGGGUAGUGCACAAGCUCAGCCGCGGCGCGGCUGUUUACUGCUGCCGCUGUACCGACACAGAAACAGACACGGGCAGAUUGGCCGAGCAGCUGUGGCGGCGCCACCUGGCUGUUCCGCUUGAGCACUUCCAGGUGCACGGUCCAAACGGGUCACAUCUGUGCAGCGUGCUGCCGGUGCUGGGGCCAUCGAUCGAUAACGCGGCCGACCAUUUCAGAGCAGUGCGGGCGCCGCAUGCCAUCAAGGACUUGUGUCUCCAGCUUGUCGAGGCCAUGAAUUCCCUGCAUCGCAUGGGGCUGUGCCAUGGCGACUUUUGGCCCGGGAAUAUCCUACUUCGCACCACUGACGAUAUCGACUGCCUGAGUGAGGAUGCGCUGGUCGAACUCUUCGGGGAGCCUGUCUUGUUGGCGGUGUCCAAGUCGCUGCUCCACGACGAGAAUGGGGAAUACUAUGGUGGCUAUGAAUACGAAGGACAUGCCCCUAACGAGUAUGAAGGUGGUGAACUAGACGAGGGAGACUAUAGCGAUCACGAUCACGAUCAUGACCACGAUCACAAUCAUGGCCACAACGAAGCCGAGGACGAAUACAUGGAGGAAUUCGACGAGACACUCGGCCCACAUGUGCCAAAAUAUCUUGUGCAGCCAGCCGGGUUAUACAUGGACGACGAGCGGGCACGGCGGUACAUCUCGACGACAAUAGCCGUAAUCGACUUCGGUGUGUCCUUUUCUCCAGAAACGUCGGGCGUCGACAUCAAAAACGCCAGCACGGGUAUCCCCGCGGCGUACGGUGCACCUGAAGACAUAUUCGCCAAAGGCCAGCUCGGGUUUGCCAGUGAUGUGUGGUCGCUUGCGGCAACGCUGUUUGUCACGGUCAGCGGUGCGCUACCGUUCUCUGACUUUUUUGGCCUAAAAACCAUGAUGCCGUGGCUCGAGAGCUACCUCGGCCCGCUGCCUGCCGUGUACCGUCCCGGGUGGGAGCGGUACCUUGAUGCGACGAAUACGGUAAGGCACGCGUUUGAGGACUGUGGCACGAAGGUGAGGGAUGAUGAGAGGAUUCCGGUGAGCAGGACGAACGAGUCGGUUGACAAGACGAGAGAGAGGCGUGUCAAGGAAUGGGGUACCGAAGACACGCUUGAGGCGAUCCUGCGGAGGGAGUUACGAUUCCCGGCUGAGACUGCCGAUACCAGUGGCACCGAUGAAGGCGAGGUUGAACGCGAGGAUGGAGGUGACGUUGUUUACGACUACUGUAUGAACUUGGACAACAUCGCGCAGCUUGCAGACCUGCUGCGUCGUAUGUUUGCGUGGAUGCCACAGGACCGCGCCACUCUUGAUGAGGUUCUGGCGCACCCGUGGUUCGAGGGCCACAGGAUCACAGUCGAUGCGACCGAUGGCCAUGAUGACAGCGAUGCAGACAGUGCAGCUUCCCCUAAUGGGUGGGGUGCGAGUCUUGGGCUCUCUGUCGUAACGGCGAGAAUUCUGCGGAGGGUGGCCGGUUUCCUAGGCUAUGCCUCCGAUGCAGAUGAGUCAGAGCUGGGGAGUGAGGUGCAGUAG